GAAAUAUGGUAGGUAGUCCUGUCCUGGUCCCUGAGCCUCUUUCUUAUUGAUCCCUCAAUUAACUUGUUGAUUAGAAAACGAGCUCGAGCUCUCAUACCAAGAAGCAUAUUUCACAAUGUCCAUUAUGUCUGAUAAUUCAUCAAAUAUCUACCCAAAUAUUCUUACCGGAAUACCACAACGCCGCAAUGUCGCCACAUGUCUAUCUCUCCCACAGACCAAACAAAGCCUAUCAUCUCAACCGAAACGCCAUAUGCAAUUCCCAAUGUCAGGUGUAUCCAGCCCAUGUCCACCUCUUCACACCCAAACCUCACCACCCUCUUUAACCCCCGGACACAUCCCACCCUUCCCCUCACUUCUAACCUUCCUCUUCCUCUCCCUCCUACUCCCGCCUCCCCUCUUGGCAACCCUCUUCCCCUCCAUCACUUCACCUCAAAACUCGUCAGCCUCUCAUCCUCUCCUUCUUUCUCCUCGUCGAGGUAGGUAACUUACAAGUCUGCUGACUAACCCCAAACAUAUGCCCCUUCUGCCCGCACCUCUUGCACGUAUUUCCCCCACAAUGCCCACACGUCCCUACUUUCCCUCCCUUUUUCACGUCCAGCUUCGGGUUGAUGAAUCUUUUGCAUUGGGGGUUGUGGCAGUACAACCUCUGACCGGCAGGAAUGGAGUUUUCGGCGAGUUUGUCGGCGUAGGCCAUGAAUUGCAGGUAGGUUACUGAUUGUCGGAGGAUGGAUUUCGGGAUCGGGGUCGAGGCAGAGCAAGGGCAGGCUGCUGGGACGAAGGGUUUGGAGAUGAGGGAGGUGAUGAGGAUUUGCCUCGUGCAGGUGGGACAGAGGAGAUGGGUGCAUUGGAGGGGGUGUUGGUGGUUGGAUGAGAUUAGAGAGCCGCAGUUGGUGCAUGGGAGGGGGGUUUUGAGGCCGGGUUGUCUAGGCAGCAAGUGGCGGGUUUUUCCUGGGAGAGGUUUUGAUGGGGUUCCUGCUAGGGAUGGUGCUGAGGAGGGGGCUGUGAAGGGGGUGUCGGGGGUGUCGUCCCAGAAGCGGGAGGCUUCUUGGGUUAGCUGAGUGUCUGGGGUCUCGGGGGAGUCUUCGCAGUCGAAGAUUAGGUCGUCGACGUGGUGUGGAUAGCGGUAUCCUGAUUUUGAGGGGGUGAAGGGAGCUUCGGAUGGUGUUGUGAGUACUGUUGAGGCUUUGUCUGAGAAGUCUUCUCCCCAAAACCUCGAGGCUUCUUGGGUAAGCUGGGAGGUGGGACUUUCUGGCCCGUCUUCUGUUGUCGGGGUCGCAGGCGUUUCUUCAACUUCUGGAGGUGUUGUGACAUCCAUGAAGGAUCCAAAAUCAUGAGCUUUCGGGACAUUGAGCGCAAGCCCAGUGUCUGGGGGUGUGGGUAGUGGUUGCUUGAGGAGAGCCCCCCGCAGUUUGGGGGUGGCCAUAGGCUGCAAAUCCGGGGCAGGACUCGACUCAGGGGUAUCAGGAGGCGUGCCCAUUAUGUUGUCCGAGGGAAGCUUUUUCGCAGUGCCGGUCCUGGGCCCGAGGAUUCCCAUCGUGAGAGCUGGCAAUGACUUAUGCCAAAACAUCUUGAUACAACAUGAAGCUAACACUUGAUAAGUGGAUGGCAGAGAGAAUGAAAUAUCGAGAAAGAAGAGAUCUCUUUUUAUGAAGGACAACGCUACAAGGGACUGCUAAUCUGGCGUGUUCGAGGUGACUCUUCACGCGCCUACUUGAGCAUUUCUCGCAUCACAUAUGUAUUAUCCUCAUUGGACAAUCACGGUCCUUUUCCAAGGCGACCUGCUUUGGCUCCAUUUUCUACGUUGUCGUUGACGCCCAAGAUGGUGGGUCAGCCCCUAAAAGGUGGCAGCGUAUGAGUGGUGGUUGACUGUCAGGGGUACGAUUGGCUGGACACCAAACGCUCACCUUACACGGCGAGGACUUGAGAGCUUCAACAUCUCGGGCUAUGCGGAAGGCUACUAUCUUUCUGCAAGAAAAGGGGACUUGUCAAAGUCUUGUUUCUGGAACAUUACAUUGUUUCUGGACAGUGUGCGCUCAGCUACUGCCCUAUCAAAGAGGGACAGCUUUGUGUGCUCAGCCUCUGAGCCUGCAUGUGGGAUCGGGGCGGAGCACAUCCAUCCCGGCUGGGCAUAGAUAGACCUUUGACAACUCUCACCUUCUGAUGCUCUCGCACCUCCAACAUUUACAACCACAACUACCCGCUCAUUCUUUUCAAGAUGUCGGCUACUAAGAGAAGGUCAAUACGUGUUCCAAGAACACUCCAUCGCAAACACGGUUUAAGACACGCACCGCUCUACGGGUCUCUUGCGGGGCAGGGAAGCACCAACUUCCGGCUCAUGCGAUUACACCCCGGGAUUCUGGAUCAAGCAAUCACCUGUAGCCUGGAAGAACUUCCUCUUAGCAACGCACCGCCAUACAAAGCACUUUCAUAUGCCUGGGACAAUACUCUUCGCAGUUCAAAUUCGGGAUCAUCGCAAUCAACAAUGUGGAUAAGAUGCAACAAUGUGCCCAUACCCGUCAGUCCUAACCUAUACGCUGCCCUCCAGAGAUUGCGAAGUAAAGACAGGGUGGUAAAUCUCUGGGUGGAUGCUGUCUGUAUCAAUCAACAUGAUCCCGACGAAAGAGGCCACCAAGUGGGCAUAAUGCGGCGAAUAUACCAACAGGCUGAAGAAGUGGCGAUCUGGCUUGGGAGCAAACAGGACGAUGACGAUUUGGCAGAGGACUUCAUGCUUUCCUUAGGCCUGACAUCGCUUGACUGGACGGAUAACGAAGAGACCAAUCGAUUCUUCUGGCUAGAAUUUCUGCGCCGAUCUGAUUGCAAACGACAAUACAUAUUCGGUGGCUUUUGUGUUUUAUGGCUACUAUCGCUUGGAAUACCGGCUUCAGUUACUCCGCAUAUCAGCUCCCCUUUUGGGCAGUCUUCCUGCAUUUUGAAUGGUAUCCAGGCGAUAAUGGAUCAAGCAUGGGUACAACUCCACUGUUCAGUCACGAGAAUGAUUAUUUGGGCUAACUCUGUGCUGGCAGUGGCAAAGAUCAUGGGUUCUUCAAGAGACAGUGGUGGCAGCCAAGGCUACCUGCUACUAUGCCACUCUAUCAUGUCCAUGGAACAUGAUCACGAAAGCAGCGGCGUCAUAUAUGAACGGCCAGCUUUCUACAAACAUCGACUCGGCCUACGGAUACGUAUCAUUCUUGGCACAAUUUGCACGGCAAGUAAGAGAUAUCGAGAUCAUCCGACAGGACUGGCGAAACCCUUCAAAGCUCGUUUCACUGCUUCCUCUGCUCCGGCAGUUCAGGAUACGGAAUGCAACAGACCCCAGAGAUAAGGUGUAUGCACUCAUCGGCAUGGUCCAGUAUUGGGGUGGCCAACACAAAAUUGCUCCCGACUACAACCUUGACGUGACAAAUGUUUACUGGCAGGUGUCUGUCACAGUCAUCAAAAACAUGCAGUCGCUUGAGGUUCUGUGUGGCACACCAAACGCCACAAGUGACGGUGACCCACGGCUCACCCAUCCAGGGCAUCCCUCCUGGGUGAUAGACUGGAGUUACAGACCAAGUGCCACUGAAAACAUCCGCCUUGAAACACAAGGGUUCUAUGAUGCCUCAAGCCACCUGCCCCCGGGCCAGGUUCGUCUUCACGGCCGGCUCCUAUUAGAGGUAGAAGGAGUUGAGCUCGAUCGGAUUCACUGGGUCUGCGACGAAGUAGUCAACUCCCAUCACGGCAGAGACGGUGGCGCCAGACGAUGGCGAGAGGUCGUGAAGAGUUGGGAAGAGCUAGUCGUCGAGGUCCUAGGAGACGACAAUCGACCAUAUGCCGGUGGAGGAACCGUUGGAAAUGCCUUUUGGCGCACUAUAUGCGGAAACAUUGAAUACACCCACGCUGGAAUAUCCCUCGCUGGGGACGAUGUGUCGUCAGCAUACACCAAAUGGCGAAGCGUCGACUUUCACCAUAGAAGAACGACAUCAAUCGUUGGUGAUCACCUGCAGGAGCCGGUCUUCAAUGCCAAGCAUGGGAUGACCGAGAAGGAGUUGGAGUCUGAAAAGAGGAACGCGUUCCACUACGCCGUCAGGUUUGCGUGUAGUGAUAGGAAGUUCUUUAUCACGGAUAAGGGAUACAUCGGGACCGGUCCUCGCGGUGUAAGCAGCGGUGAUAGGGUUUUUGUUGUGUCGGGGAGCCGGGUACCGCUGAUAUUGCGACCUUCGACACAAGAGGUAGGGUGCAACCAUAGAGUGGUUGAGACGUUGAUCAAGCGGCCCGAAGACCGGGUGUUCUACCAGGCUGGUGAAGAAGCCAAACAGAUGAUGAGACAAGGAGAUAGCGUCUGCAACGAGUUGCAUCGGGGACUGUAUAAUCUGAUAGGGGAUGCUUAUGUUCAUGGGGCUAUGGAUGGGUGUUUCUUCGGUGACGUUAGAUAG